AAUUACUGAGUAUACAAGAACAUCUACUAUACUGUUCUUCAUGCUGUCUGAUAAAAACAGAUAUAACUUGAUAGUUGUAAACUUAUUGAAUAAAUAUAGCUUGACAAAAUAAAUUAUCACCAUUUUUAUUUUGUAUCUCCAGCUAUAUCACUAUUAAUUAUAUAAAAUAAAUAUGUGCUUUUUGUAUAGAUAUGAUAUGGAAUUAAUAAGAAUGUAGAAUAGAUAAUUAGAACAGUAACAUGAAGGAGUUGUUAUUGUGUUGAAGAGCACAGCUCUGAUAAGGGUAAGGUAAUGAGACAUCUUUUGCUGGCUCUCCUUUCAGACUGCAUGGUGUCUGUGUUCAGUAAUAAAGGUAGCCUGUUUUCAGUUUAUAUUUGAAAAUGCUAUAAAUAAAUGCAGAUUUGAUAAUAUGGAAGCAGUUGUUGUUAUAUCCACAGAAUGUCAGCUGAUAAACAAGAUUAAUAAUGUCCUUUUGCUAGAUACCUGAGAGAAAGUUUAUUUUGGCAUGAUUAAUGAUUUCUAACUAUACCCAGAUUAGGCAUACUAUGGGACUGCUUUAGAAAGAUACAGAAUUUUCUUUACAGAUUGUGUUGAAAGCAACCAAUCAAAACAUGGAGCACUAAUUCUGUAGCAGUUAUGAAAUGCUGGGCUUGAGUUUUACAAUCUUAAUAGUUUGGAGCCAUUUUAGAGUAUUAUUACACAAACCCAAUUGGAUAUUAUCAUUUUCCUCACAGAUUUCUUAUGUAAUGAAUCUCAUACCUUAAAAAAAACAAGUGGCCUUAGUGUAUAAAUGUUGAAGGAUAUUUUUUUAAAUGUCCAGGUUGCCUUUCCUUCUAUCUGACUUGAGCAAUUGAAUUUAAUAUAGAUUUGUUUCUGUAGAGAUUUUUAAAUAUUGUUAUCUGAGUUGUGAAAGUUAUGUUCCAAGACAGAGUAUAUGUAUGAAUAAUUGAGUCAGAUAUAUAAAUUAAUAAUGUUAAUGAUAUCAAGUGUUAAUCUUUGAUGUAGUAGUGCAGAGGAUAAAGAAGUAAACAUUCUCUAAAUUCUGGUACUUCAAGAAAAGAAGUACUAUGUUGGUUUGAAGACUGCCAAUGUAGAUACAAGUAAUGUUAACAUUGUUUUUUGUUUUAAAUUUUCAGCAAACUCCAUGGUCUCUAAAUCUCAAUCAGAAGAAUAAGCCAAAGUUUCUGGCCUUAAAAUGACUGAAGAACUACAACUGUUCCUUAAAAUUUGGGAUCAUGAUUGUAACCUCAUGUUAAUAGCUAAUAUAUCUUAUGUAUUAUAUAUCUUGUAAAUACAUUUUUAUAUAAGGAUGUUCAUGUGUUAUAUUUUAUACUUCAAAUAAUUUUUUACUCUUACAAAAAGAAAUCUUUUAUAUUGCUCCUCACUUCCACAAUAUUCAAACAAAGAUCUAUUUAACUUUCUUCUGAUUAGUAAUAACUAAAUAAUCUGAAUAUUCUUUAGAACAAAUAUAUAAGUUUAAACAAGACUAUAUAUAGUAUGGGAGGAAAUACUGGCCCUUAAAAAUGACCAUAUUAAAACAUACUCAAUCUCUGUUAAGUAACCAAGAUGGAAUAUCUAAAAUUUGGGGGGGGGAAAUCAACUAUCACUAGUUUUAUAACUUUUUAAGAUGCCUGCAUACAAACUGUUCACUAUAGUAUUUUAACAAUUUUAGUGGCUCAUUUUUUUUCUCCUUUGUGAACUACAGAACUAGUGUAAUUCCUUAACUUAAUAGUUGCUUUAAUAAGCAGCUAUCCCAAACUCCAAUGCCUCCAAUUUAGUUAGAACUAAAACUCCCAGAAUUUAAAGGCAACAUGACCCAAAGUACAGUAAAAAAGCUAAAAUCUGCAACUGUCCUGAAUUUAGAAGAGCAAUAAAGAUUCUUGAUUUGUGUUGCUAAGCAUUAACAAUGUCUUAAAAGAGAAAACGUUAGAAACGUACUUUUUUUCUUUUAAAUGAAAGAGGAUAUUGCCCACAAGUUACUUGUACACACCAACAGCAAGUUUCAGGAAUUGUGAUAUAAGCUUUAGAAAGGCUCACACAAAAUGGAAGUCUUAAGUUAUUUUUAAACGUUAAUGGCUUGAAGGUUACUUUGAAUACAUCUAUAUACUACUAAAACUCUUGUUCCUGUAACCUUCAGCUGGGCGAAACAGCACAUCAAACAUUUUCAUACAAGGUACUUCAAAUGGCUAAUUUAUGGAAUGCACUUGAAAUCCUGGACCCAUGGUUCCCAUGGAAUUGAAAUUUGGCAUUUUAAUAAAAUAUUUUAUUCCUGUGAUCAAUUGCUAUGUUUGGCUACUAUAUAGUUCAAAGAAGGUACAUCUGUGAGUAUCUCUCUGGAAUUUGUAAAAAGUGUUUCCAAUACAUUAAAACCUCUGCCAUCAUUCAAAAGCAUUGAGGAAUGUGGUAGAAAAAUAUGUUGACCUAGUGAGUCAUGGGUUGUCUAGUAAGCUAAGACCUGAACAAAUAUUAGUCAUACGCUGAAAAAAUGCUUUCAUGUUUGAUUGAGAAAUACGAUUGAUGGAACUUGGGUAUGAUCCUCUCCAACUUGCCAGCAGUCUGCUUUUGGCCAUCACAACAGGCGUGAUAGUUGUAAUGGCAUACAGAGACAAGGCAUGAUUAGCCAGUAAAAGUUAUUAUCUACUGCUUACAGAAUUAGUCAAUACAUAUAUUUAUUCUUUCCUGUCUCUGCCCUGUGAGUACGACCACCACCAUUGUGCCAGGCUUGGCAAGAAGGUAUCUAAAAGAAAGCAGAUACAAUAGCUAUUCCUGAUACCAGCAGUUUAUUCCUUGCCUUCUGGGCAUACAAGGGAACUGAGGGCUGGGUCUGCUCUGCUGCACUAUCCCAAAAACGUUCAGAGGUAGCAAAACAUUGAUGCUUGGAUUCUAAAAAGACCUCUUAAACUUCAUAAAGACAGGCAAGUUUACAUCUGGUGUUUUCCUACUUUAGCUUGGCAAUUAUUUGGAAGGCUUCUAGUAUGUUGCCAAGAAUCUGUCAUAAUUUGGCUCUGAUCCUGUUCCUUAUAUUUUCUGGCAAAGAUCCCUUUGCCAUAAAGAGGUCCACGCUCUCAAGAGCACUUGGCCUAUUUUGUGUCCCAAAAGGGGAUGAGCCGCCAUUCCGUUUACUAUGGUCGCUAUGGCAACACACCAGCCCCGCCAUAUUGGUAGGAAUGUUUCCAUGGUAACAAAACCACGCGCGAGCGAUAGCCGCCACAUCGUUUGAUUUAGUAUCUACAGGGACCAAGACAGUUGCCCUGUGUGCAACUGUCUGUCGAGCCGGCCGAGCAAAGGUAACGAAGCCCGCAUCGCAGGCAUGACGGACCAUUUAGGCCUGGAGGACUUGAAUCUGACAGGAGAAGAAGCCGAGCGCCUGACAAACGCUUUCAAGGAGGACGGAUUCCGCACUCUUUUCGCGGAGUACGUGGCCGAACUGAACGAUCCCGAACAAAGGGCCAUUUAUGAGGCCGAAGUGAUAGCUAUGGAGCGGCAGCGGGGCGUCGAAGCCCGCUUCCUCCACCCAACCCCGGGCUGGGUCCUGCGCACGAGCCAGGCUGGUAGCCGGCGCUGUUACAUUAACAUCUGCAGCAACCGGCUAAUCGGGAGGCCGGAGUCUCGGCCAGCGCCUGGAGGUUCCUGCUGGUUCCUGCCACACUCCUUAGCCCCGGGACGCGAGGAAUUGAGCCGCAAAGAGCCGCGUGGGCCUCGCCGUCUGGUCUACGACGUCGUCUUCCACCCGAGCACCCUGCGCUUGGCCGGCCGCAUGACCCAAUUCCGCCGCCUGGUGAACGACACGGCCUUGGAGGCGAUAGAGAAAAAUUUCUCCCCGCAACUGGACCGCACGAACGCCGUCCCCCUCAACCGCAUCAAGUAUAAGGGCGUCCCGCAGGCCACGCUGCUCCGGACGCCGCUGGCCGCAGGAGCUCGACCGUCCCCAGAAGAGCCUGGAGAGCCAGACGACUCCCCCUUGCCGCCUUUUCCUUCGCCCUACACCUACCCGCCGCCCAGCCCGCAGUACGAAGCUCUGAGGCCCCCUCCGCCCAAGCCACCCCCGCUUGCCACCACUCCGCAAUGGACCCUCCGGCACCGCUCCUACGUGGACCUUCAGGAUUAUCGCAACGCCCGGGACUCCGCGCCUAGCCCGAUCCCCCGCGAGUUGGUGAUGACCAUUGAACUGCCGUUGCUCAGCUCUGCCGCGCAGGCCCAGCUGGAGAUCCGUGGCCAGGAACUCCAGCUGGACUCGCAGCGUCCUGCCGCUUAUCGUCUGCGCGUCCCGUUGCCCUACGCAGUGGACGAGAGCCGUGGCCGGGCCACGUUCAACAAAGCCAAGAAACAACUGGUGGUCGUCCUGCCGGUUUUGCGGAAGCCUGACACGGGCCUUGCUUUCAGCGUUCAAGCUGAGCAGGAGCAAAUCGAGAAAACGCCAGAAAACGAGGAGCAGCUACCAGAAAACAGCGGCAUCAGCCCGGAUAAGGACGAUGCGGAAAAAUAA